AUGAAUGAAUUCCCAAAUUAUCAUCAACUGGAAGAGUUACCUUCGUAUGAGUUUUAUCAAAAAUUAAUAAAUGAUCACAACUUAAAUGAUGUCAAUAAUUUCUGUAGUGACGGAUUAAAUACAUACGCUAAAGAUGAAUGGCUUCAUAAACUUUGUAGACAACUGAUAAAGAUUGUGGAAUUGGUACCAGAUAACGAUAGUUUCCAUAAAACUUUAUUCAGGGAUAACUUUUUGGAAUAUUUAACACAAGUGAAAAAUUUUUUUGAUUAUAUUGAAAAUUAUAAUUUCAUUAAGGACGAAAUUAAGAAGAGUAUAUAUUAUGAGUGUCAAACAUAUUUCGAUUAUCUUAAGGAAAGAAUUCCCUUAUUUUUUUCCUUUGAAGCAUUAUGUAAAGAUCUAGACAGUAACAGCUGUACAGAUUAUAUUCAAGAUUAUCUCUUAUAUGAUCCAAGAAAUGUCUUUACUAAAUAUGAGUUACUUAAAUUAUAUUUACAAGCGUCGUUGUAUCCUUGUUAUAAUAAGGUCAUACAUGUAUUCAAUGAAUUCAAAAAAUCAAAUACAGAAUUCAUAGCAAGGUAUAAUCAUUAUGUUGAAGCAUUCAGUAAUAAGCCUGCACAGCAGGGGGUAAUGUUAGCACAAAUUGAUGAAGUGAAACAUGCUUAUACUGUAGAAAAUCCCAAAGGUCCGACAGUAACAGUUGUAAUUGACUCAGAACAACUGCCAGAAAUUCGAAGUGAACUACAUAGCGGUGAUGGUAUUUCUUCCAGCUCCAUGAAUGAACAUAGAUUCCCAUUAAUUAAAAUUGCUUUCAGUACAAUUCUUUCUGUAUUGCUAGUCUCAAUGCUUAUAAGAGCCUUAUGGAAGGUAAAAACAAAGACGCUGCUUACAGUAAUAGACAUCUUCAAUAAAUAUCAUAUAACCGCAUCAUUUUAUAUUUUGCUUAAUUUUAUUCUAUUUUACCUUAUUUCACGAUAA